AUGCGUCUCCUCAACGUCGAAAGCCUCGAACUCCGUACCUUCCACGCCAGUGACACGCCCCGAUACGUGAUAGCAUCGCAUCGGGGGUCCGACGAAGAAGUAACAUUCAAAGAUGUUCACGAGAAGCGGAAUUCACACAAGAGCGGGUAUAUGAAGAUUGUUGGGUUUGCAAACUAUAUCAAGAAACACGUAUCGCCUAUAAAAUGGCUAUGGAUUGAUACCUGCUGCAUCAAUAAGGGCGAUCCAGCAGAAUUGUCCCACCCGAUCAACUCCAUGUACAGCUGGUAUCGCAAUGCCGAGCUAUGUAUUGCAUACCUCGCGGAUGUGGAGGAGCAAGGGAGCCUGAAAAGCAGUGUCUGGUUCGAGAGAGGUUGGACGCUGCAAGAACUGCUGGCGCCGCGCAUCGUUGUGUUUGUUACAGAUCAGUGGCAAGUCAUAGGGAACAAAGGAUCUUCCUCUCACAGUUGCAGCAUUACUCCCCUUGGGAGUGAUCUUACAGGAACCAUUGCAGCCAAGACAGGGAUACCAACACAAGUGCUUAGUGAUUGGGGGACCAGCGCGAACAUGAAGCUCAUUGAUAAAUUGAAAUGGAUGGAAGGUCGAAGGACGACCGUACCGGAAGACAUGGCAUACGCUCUAUUCGGCGUGCUUGGGGUAGCGCCCGGCGCUGAUUACGGUGAAGGAAGCGAGACCGCAAUGCAAAGGCUCGAGGCAGCGGUGAACGGGCAGUCUGGAACGAGCCAACAGAUCAAACCUCUUAGAGAGCUUUUCGAACGGCUCAAAGCACCCGAUCCAUGGACGAACCAUCAGCUGGCACAAGGACAUCACGAGCCUAACACUGGCACGUGGCUGCUCCACUCGAGAGCCUAUCAAACGUGGAAAUCUGGAGCAUGGGAGCCUGGCUCAUCUCGAUGUCUCUGGCUGCACGGCAAACCUGGGUCUGGCAAGACAGUCCUCUGCUCUACGGCCGUGGAGGAUAGCUUGGCAUGCUGUCGAGGACGACCCUAUUUCGGAUAUGCGGUCUUCUACUUCUCAUUCUCAGACGAAAGCAAGCAGGAUUAUUUGGCCUUCCUCACCUCACUGCUUGAACAGCUAGGUCAGAGGGAGCCUGGCCUGGGUGUCCUACGCAUGCUGUCUGUGCACGCCAUCAGGACUCAGGACUGGCUUGAGGAUACUUUGAGGCGGUGCAUUGCCUCGUAUCAGCAGGUCUUCCUACACGUGGACGCUCUUGACGAAUGUUCAAGGGCCGAUAAAGUGCGAGAGCAUGUGCUUGUUGGGCUAGAAACCCUUGUCGCUACAGCGCCAAAUAUCAGGGUUCUCGUGACCAGUCGAGCCGAACCAGAUAUUCGUGAAUACCUGCAAAGGUUUGACACUGUGUCAAUCGAAGCUACGACAGCAGACCAGGACAUACGGCUAUAUGUGUCUGAGCGACUGUCUCGUCACUCAAGGCUCUCUCUGCUCCCUUUGCAGACGAGAAAUUUGGUAGAAGACACACUUACCCAGAAGGCAAAUGGGAUGUUCAGAUGGGUAGACUGCCAGCUAGCAGAGCUUGAAAAACUCAAGUCGCUCAGGCCAACAUCGAUCAAGGCGAAAUUGUCAGCCCUUCCAGAGGAAUUAGAUCAGACUUACGAGCGGAUGCUUAACAGGAUCAAGCUGGUCGAUCGGCCCUAUGCACUCACAAUAUUUCGAUGGGUUACGUAUGCAGAGUCGCCUCGAACUCUUCUUGAACUAACCGAAGCCGAUGUGAUUGAUCCGACCAGAUGUCCGACCGCGGACGGCGAUUUCGAUGUAGGCAAGAAGUACCACUGGAAAGAUGCACUGGAAAUACUCGGCGAAUUCCUCUUAGUAGAGCACCCCAGACCUGGUGACGAGAACUACAACCACGGGACGUUGUUCGACGAAGCCGAAGAAGAAGAUCUCAGCAUGGCAUCUCAAACAAAAACAAACAACAAACACGUCCGAGUCCACCUUGCGCACUUUUCCGUCAAUCAAUACCUGCAGUCAACACUCAUAUCGACGGGCCAUUCCCAGUACUUCCAUCUCAUUCCUGCGCGGGAGCACACCUUUCUCACCCAGAGCUGUAUCACAUAUCUGAUGUACUAUAGCGACUCUACGCUGAAGGCCUGCUCGAAACAGGAUCUGGAUACCUUUCCCCUUCUGCGGUAUGCUGCAAAGUCGUGGAGUUACCACGCAUCACGCCAGCAGUGGACAGACGCAACCCGAGAGGCUCGGUUUCUCACCUCUGAAAGGUACAAACAUGAUUGGCUCCGUGUUCACAACCCUGAAGAGCCACUGAGAGAGCCUUUCGACGGGUUUCCGGGGACGAUCGGAUCAGGUUUGCAUUAUGCAAGCUUUUUUGGACUGGGACGACUAGUUGAGAUACUUCAGUCCGACGCAUGGCGUUGA